AUGGGAACCGAACAGAAGGAUUCAUUGUUUUACGCACUAAUGAUUCCGAAUUCUGUUCGUGAAGAGUUGGAUCACAAACGAGCGAAAGUGACUGCCUGCUGUCACCAUUUUCAACAGCUACGACUCGGAAAAUCUUUCGUUGAUCGACCAGGAACUUGGAGUCACCUUCACAAAGCUCCACUGCUGGCGUCUCACUCAAUACUCAAAUGGUGUUGUCUUGGAUGCUGACACCAUUCUCAUCAGAAACUCCGACGAACCGAUUUCUUUUUUUUUAGGACCCGAUUUCUCCGCCGCCGCCAAUAUUGAAUGGCCGGAUAUGCUCGAUUCGGGAGUUUUUGUGUUCACGCCGUCGCUCACCGUCUACCGAGCUCUUCUUGCUCUCGCCAUCUCGUCCGGCUCAUUCGAUGGUAGAGAUCAAGGUCUUCUGAACGCGUACUUCUCAAACUGGCGUGAUCUUUCAUCGGCUCACCGGCUCCCGUUCAUUUACAACAUGACAGCUGGAGAAUUCUACUCGUACCUCGCUGCCUACCGAAAAUACGGAGCACAAACCGAAAUCGUUCACUUCAUCGGUGCUCGGAAGUCAUGAUACCCGCCACCGUCGGAUUCUGGUCUCCACAAGAACGAGUACUACCAGCAAUGGCACUCGUUCAGCCAGCAGAGCAGUGCGUCGGAGCAAGAGACGGAACAAGUGUUCCCGAGGACACUAGAUGCAACUUUUGCCCGCCUUUUAGACUUUUCUAG